AUGACAGUCCAACAGAGACCGUGGUGGAAAGAUAGUGUCGUCUAUCAGAUCUAUCCUGCCAGUUUCAAAGACUCCAAUGGCGAUGGUAUCGGUGAUUUCAAUGGCAUCAUCUCGGAACUGGAUUACAUUCGAUCCAUUGGUGUUGAUGUCAUAUGGAUAUGUCCCAUGUAUGAUUCUCCACAGGUCGACAUGGGAUAUGACGUCCGCAACUACGAGGACGUCUACGCACCCUACGGUACUAUGCAAGACAUGGAGAGGUUGAUAUCCGAGACUCAUGAUCGAGGCAUGAGAAUCAUAUUGGAUCUUGUCGUCAACCAUACCUCUGAUCAGCACAAAUGGUUCUUGGAAUCUCGUUCCUCAAAAGACAACCCAAAACGUGACUGGUACAUCUGGCGCCCCGCCCGCUACGUCAAUGGUGAACGUAAACCGCCCAAUAACUGGGUCAGCAACUUUACGGGCAGCGCCUGGGAAUGGGACGAGCACACGCAAGAAUACUACCUCCAUCUCUUCUGCCCAGAACAGCCCGAUCUCAACUGGGAGAAUCCCGAAACCCGCCAAGCCAUUUGCAAAUCGGCCAUGGAGUUUUGGCUGGAGCGUGGCGUGGACGGCUUCCGUGUGGAUACUGUCAACAUGUACAGCAAGGGCGAGAUGCUGGAUGCGCCCAUUACUGAUGAAGGUUCCGAGUGGCAGUUUGCAGGCUACCAGUACUGCAACGGUCCACGUAUGGCUGAAUUUCUCGCCGAGAUGAAUGAGGUGCUUAAGAAAUACGAUGCCAUGACAGUUGGCGAGUGCCCCAACACACCAGACAUGAAACGUGUGCUUGAAUACGUCAGCGCGAAGAGCAACCAGCUAAACAUGGUGUUCCAAUUCGACGUAGUAGACGUCGGCCAAGGACCCUACAAAUUUCAAACCACACCCCGCAACUGGACACUCCCUCAGUUCAAAACCGCCAUCGCCCGCACCCAAGACCUCAUCCGCCCCCCUUCAGACGGCUGGACUACCGUCUUCCUAGAAAACCACGACCAAGCCCGCUCCAUCACCCGCUUCACCUCGGACAGCCCCGCCCACCGCAUCCCCGGCGGCAAAAUGCUCGCCCUCAUGAUGUGCGCCCUCAGCGGCACCCUAUUCAUCUACCAGGGCCAAGAACUCGGCAUGACCAACUUCCCAAAGACCUGGGGCAUGGAGGAAUACAAGGACGUAGACAGCACAAACUACUACAAGAUGGUCGAGCGCAGAACCGGCGGCAACAAGCAAGCGCUCGAGGCCGCGCACGCCAGUCUCCAGCAUUUGGCGCGCGAUCACUCCCGUGUGCCCAUGAGCUGGAGUACCGCGCCUUUUAACGGCUUCUCGCCGCCAGACGCAAAAGUCGCGCCCUGGAUGCGGCCGCUCGAGGACGCGCACGUGUGCAAUGCCGAGCAGCAGCGCGGCGAUAAGGAUUCCGUGCUCGGCUUUUGGAAGCGCAUGUUGCGGGUGCGCAAGGAGUAUAGCGAUCUUCUGGUGCAUGGGCAGUAUGACGAUUUGGAUCUGGGGAAUGAGGAGCUGUAUGUGUUUAGUAAGACGGGGGGCGGGAAGAAGGCGGUUUGCGUGUGUAAUUUUACAGAGGGCAGGAAAGGGUUGGUGUGGCCGGAGGGGGUGAGGGGAGAGCAGUUGGAGUUAUUGGUGAGUAGUGUGGAUGAGCCGGUUGGGGAGGAGUUGGCCCCGUUUGAGGGGAGGGUUUAUUUGGUGGUGUAG